AUGAGAAACCAUUCAGCAGUAACAACAUUCAUCAUACUGGGUUUGACAGAUGACCCACAACUAGAAAUUCUGGUUUUUAUCUUUCUGCUGAUCACAUAUUUGUUCAGUGUGAUUGGGAAUCUGACCAUAAUUUCUCUGGUCUUGGUGGAUUAUCAUUUAAAAACAGCUAUGUAUUUUUUCCUUCAAAAUUUCUCUUUCUUAGAAAUCUCAUUCACAACUGCCUGUGUGCCCACCUAUCUGCACAUCAUAUCAAGUGGGGACAAAACCAUCACCAUCAAUGCCUGCUUCAGCCAAAUCUUUUUUAUUGCCCUCUUUGGAGCUACAGAAUUUUUUCUCUUGACAGUGAUGUCCUAUGACCGCUACGUGGCCAUCUGCAAACCCCUGCAUUACAUGAGCAUCAUGAACAGCAGAGUCUGUAGGAAUCUUAUCCUCUGUUGUUGGGUAUCUGGCUUAUUGAUUAUCCUUCCACCCCUUGGCCUGAGUCUCCAUUUAGAAUUCUGUGACUCAGUUAUUGACCAUUUUGUUUGUGAUGCUUCUCCAAUCCUGAAGAAUUCCUGUUCAGAUACAUGGUUCAUAGAACAGCUGGUCAUAGUCUGUGCUGUGUUGACCUUCUUGGUGACCCUUGUGUGUGUCGUUCUGUCCUACAUAUACAUCAUCAGGACGAUUCUAAGAUUCCCAUCUCUCCAGCAAAGGAAAAAAGCCUUUUCCACCUGUUCUUCCCACAUGAUUGUGGUUUCCAUGACCUAUGGCAGCUGCAUCUUUAUGUAUAUCAAACCUUCAGCCAAAGAUGAAGUGUCCAUCAAUAAGGGAGUAUCCCUGCUCACUACAUCUGUUGCCCCUUUGUUGAACCCCUUCAUUUAUACCCUGAGAAAUAAACAAGUAAAGCAGUCUUUCUAUGACACUCUUAAAAGAUUUGUGUUUCAUUCAAAAAAGUAGCAGAACUGCAUACUGGGAAUUAAAAUUAAAUUAAAAGAUAUAUCAUGAGA